CUUCGAUAGUACGUGUCCGGCAAUCAUAGAUUUCGUCCCCAGGUCAUCAUGCAUCGGAUGCGCCAAUAAAAACGCUCCAUCGCAUCUCAUCGUCUCACAUACUUCUGCAAUUAUCAUUUCAUGUCUCCUGAUCCUACCUCUCAGCAGCUGGACGAGGAAACGCCUUUGCUUCAAUGUUUUGCUUCGGUUUGUCCAAGACAUUUUGGAGCUUAGUGAUAAGUCGUUGCCUGAAUGGCGCACUCAAUGGCAAUAUCGGUGUUAUGAAGAGCAUGAUCGCUGAAAUGACAGAUUCGACCAAUAUGGCCCGCGCAUGGGCAAUCCUCCCUCUUGCCUGGUCCAGCGGUAGCACACUUGGGCCGCUCAUUGGCGGAGAGCUCGCGCGACCUGCGGAUAGGUUCCCUUAUGUCUUCGGAGAUUCUGAAUUUCUAAAGAAAUAUCCAUAUUUCUUGCCGUGCGCAGUCCCUGCCACCGUAUCAGCCUUGACAUGGGUUGUCGCUUUUCUGUACUUGAAGGAGACCACAACUCCACGAAUAAACAUUAGCCAACUGCUGCCUUGGAAAAGAAGCAAGAUUGUCCCCUCACCGACUCUAACACCCCCGCCAGUAUCAUCUUCGAUCGCCGACAAGCCCGUCCCCAUUCGAGCUCUUUUCGUUCGUCGUGUACUCGUUGCAACCGGGAGCUACGCCGGUAUUUCCCUUGUUGAUAUCGCAUUUCGCACUGUACAACCCGUGUUCUAUGCUAUUCCCAUAUCGCUUGGUGGUCUAGGGCUCGAUACUCCAACCAUUGGAACCAUCCUGGCAGUCCAGGGAAUGUUAAAUGGCGUAAUGCAGCCAUUGGCCUUUGCCAGGCUUCAUGAUAUCAUGGGCGCGAAAAAACUUUGGCUGUUCGCCGUAGCGUGCGCCCUGCCUAUGAUCGCUCUCCUCCCAGCCUUGAACACGCUGGCGAGAUCUAGUGGCGUGGUUCAGAGUGUAUGGUAUUUGGUGGCCCUACAGGUUGCUUUGAUGAGCUGCGCGAAUUUCGCAUAUGGUAUUUCGUUCAUGUAUAUCGCUGCGGCUUCCCCUAACCGAGCGUCCGUGGGCGCGACAAAUGGUUUUGCACAAGUGGUCGUUUCUGUCAUGCGCGCUAUUGGACCAGCUGCAGCCAACUCUGCGUUCUCAAUUAGUAUUAAGAGACAGUAUCUUGGAGGGAAUCUGGUGUAUUGUGUAAUGGCGGGUAUGGUGUGCAUGGCGAUUUGCGUGGGUACCUUGUUACCUAGCACUAUGUGAAUCAAGUAGUUUAGAGUGAAGCGAGACCGCAUGCAGGGUUUCGUCGACCGAAGAGCACCAGGGUAGUCUCCCCUAGACACACCAUAGGCGAGUCCCGAGGGGGGUAGAUAAGCAUUCACAUCUGUUGUGUUAGGCGCGUCGAUAACCUAGUAGUUUGGUUUAGCGCUGCUGCAAGGUUUUAUGUGUUGAACAUAUCUGGUAUCGUUGCACCAGCCUUCGAGUCAGCGAUAUCGCAGGCUGCCACAUUCGCCCGAUAUGGUAAUUAGAUCCAUUUCCCUGCUCUGAAUAAGAUGGACGAAGGAGGUCAUAUUGAACUAGAACCGUUAUGCCUCCACACUCAAAC